AGAGAGAGAAACGAUCAAAACGUUGGCUGAAGUAUAAGCAGUCUGUUCCCAGUCAGAAGUUAAUUGUAAUUUGUAUAGAAUUAAACUAAAAUAAUGGUAAUUACAACAUAGAGACAGUAUUUAAAAAGUAUUUGAGUUAAAAAUGGAUAAUUUCCAAGAAGAUUCAUCAAGUGAGGAAAAAGAUAUAAAGCCAGUUUUCGGCAUCUCUGGUACAGAGUUCCACAUUGGAUUGUCAGAUACCGUCAGCAGUCCUAAAAAGUGGUCACCUACUAGUUUACAAGAUGGUAAUCGUAAAAGUGCCUUUUUACCAUAUAAAUUUUACAGCUGUAAUACGGUAUUAACAAAUUUACAACGUGGUAAUACACUUGCGGAAAAUCCUCUACCAGAAAUAAUAGAAGUAGACUUUCAUAUGAAAGCGGGCCAGGGAGAAUUAAGUGAAUCAGAUGUAAUAAAAGAAGAUGUAAACAUUAAAGAUUCUAAUGACCUAACGCCUCUACAUUGGGCAUGCUUUUAUGGGCAGUUUAAUGCUGUUCAAUUAUUAGUUAAUUAUGGUGCCAAUGUUAAUGAUCUCGGUUCUGAAGAAGAAUCACCUCUAAUUUUGGCAGCUGCUAGUGGCCAUCACGAUAUAGUUAGAUUUUUGCUAAAUUAUGGAGCUGAAGUCAAUCAUGUGGAUCAUAUGUGCAACACAGCAUUAAUGUAUGCUGCCAAAGAAAAUCACCCCCAUACAUGUCAGGAAUUGUUAAUGAAUGGGGCAAAUUACUCAUUAGUGAAUUUAAAUGAUGAAAACGCUCACAGUAUAGCUGUUGAUAACAAUAGCACGCUAGCACAAACAGUAAUAGAAAAUUUUAUAAUUCUACAACUGGAGACAUCAACCACUAGUUCACCAACUCCAAAGGAUGAUUUACUUCCUACUGAAAUUGCUUCAGUUAAGACAUGAACCACAAUAGAGAGAGUAAUUUUCUAAUAAUCUCGAAAAUUAGGUAUAUUGUCCUAAUGAUUAGUAGAAGUCCAGUAAUAUAUAACUGUACUUCAUGUUAGGGUCAUUUACUUGGGGCCAAAUUACUCAAAUACAACUUCACGCCCAUAUAACAAUCUAACCU